AUGACCGGCUUCGAGCCCCUGGUGAAGCCAAACGAUGGCAAGCGCCGGGCCUCACGAUCUCUGUCUCCGGCCGGUGCCGUCGAGGAGGCCUCCCAUGCUGCUCACCCUUGCGCGCCUCGUGGUGCCUACGCUGAGGCUUCAACUUCCAAGCAGCAACUACAUACACAACAGCCAGACAAAAAGAAACGCAAGAUGGAAGCACAGGCGCUGAAGCGCUUACGAAAGGAUGCUGCGGAGAAAAUCGCCAAGUUCGGCGAGGACCCCAUCUUCUACGAGGCCCAGGACCUUUUGGGUGAAAGCACGGUGCAAGCGAUUCUGGAAGCAGGAAAAGAAUUUGAAAGAAAAUUUGAGCGCGGAGAAGAAUUAGUUGUUGAUGUGAAGGCUCUCGGAGCAGGUGGGCAUGGCCUGGCGGUCGCGCCAACAAACGAUUGGAUCAUCUCAGUGCCUAAGGCACUGCCAGGAGAACGUGUCAGGGUCACAAUUCAAUCUAACGACCGCCUCUUCUCAAAGGCAAGGGUGGUCCACUUCGAUUCCAAGUCCUCAGAGUUACGGACAGCGGAGCCAUUCUGUCGCUAUUUCGACCAAUGCGGCGGCUGCCAGUACCAGAAUAUGGCAUAUCCCGUACAACUCGAGCUCAAACAACGGGUUGUCCAGAACGCAUUCAAGCAUUAUUCAGGUUUGGAUCCUUCUGUGCUUCCUGCGAUUGGACCAACCAUGCCGUCACCGAAACAGCGAGCAUACCGCACCAAGCUCACGCCUCACUUCAACCUGCCGCCAGAAGCGCGGCAGUACAGACGGACAUUAGGAUUCCGUCGUGGCAACCGGAAGCGGGACGAGAGUUUGGACGAGGGCGGCCCACUGCCUGUGAAGCCUUCGGUUGAGGUUGCUAUCGGGUUUGAUGGGCAAGACGGCAAAGUGAUGGACAUUGAAGAGUGCCCCAUCGGGACAGAGACUAUUAACAAGGCUCUUCCGGAACAUCGUCAGCGGAUCAAGGACACGAUCUUCGAUUUCCCGAAUGGUGCGACGCUAUUGCUUCGAGACUCAUUAUCAUCGUUCGACUCGCCCGAAAGUCCCUGUGUGGCGAUCACCGAUCACAAAGCAACGGUGAAGGAGAUGGUUGAAAAUAUAAAAUUCGAGUCUCCCGCCGGCGCAUUCUUCCAGAACAAUCGCUCUAUACUGCCAGAUCUUCUUGGAUACGUCCGAGACGAGAUUAUCGCAUCGCGUGCGCAUGAUGCUACCGAUGCGAACGGCGCUGUCAAGCACUACCUUGUCGAUGCAUAUUGUGGCUCUGGCCUGUUCUCACUCUGCCUCGCACACCUGUUUGACCAAGUCGCUGGUGUCGAGCUCAGCUCGGAGUCCAUCAAAUGUGCCCAGACCAAUGCCGAGCUGAACGGCAUCAAGAAUGCGAAAUUUCUCGCAGGGAACGCAGAGAAUAUCUUCGGUACAAUCGACUACGAGCCCCAGCAGACAACGGUGAUCAUCGAUCCGCCUAGACGAGGGUGCGACGACGCCUUCAUCGAGCAACUUGUAAAGCUCGCGCCGAGGAACGUUGUAUAUGUCUCCUGCAAUGUGCACACGCAAGCAAGAGACGUAGGGUCGAUCUUGACGAAGGAUCCAGCUUACAAUGUUCUCAGUAUCCGAGGUGCAGAUCUUUUCCCUCAAACCAACCACGUCGAAGGUAUUUGCGUGCUCAGGCGGGAUUAA